AUGAUAAAUAAAUAGGAAGUUAAAUCUUGGUAAUAUAAUAAAAAAACAGAAAAAGAACUCUUAGAUAUAAUCAUAAAAUUGCAUUAAGAUAUAAAAAGAGGUUAUUAUUUACUUGAGUUUAUUCUGUAUUUUUAUAAAGAAGGAAUAACAUUUAAUUAUAGGUCACAAAUUAGAGGAUAAAUGCUUUUGAAUUUGUACUUUAAAUAAUAUUUAUUUAAUAAAAUUUAUAUAUCUCUGAUAGAAUUGAAACUGACUAAAUAUUAUCUUAAUUAAUAAUUCUUUUUUUUGUUUGUAUACUUCAGAUUAAUCAUAUUAAUUGAUUCCCUAGUUACUAAUUCUUUUUUAUUUUUCUAUGUAAAUAAAUAAAUAAUAUUUAAGUGAAUUAAGAAAUUAAGUCAAGAAAAUUAUUGGAAAUUUGGGUGUCACUUCCAAUUAUCUCAACUAAUUAGUUUUCAUUGAAGACUUUUUAACAGAAUUUAUGAGACUUUAGCAAACAGUUAUUUAUUCAAUAGCUUUUAAGGUUAAAUCAAAAAUCUAGAAAAAAGAUAUUUAAGUUUAAAAAGGAACUCUUCUGCUUUUAGAAAAUUUCUUAGUCAAUAUUAGAUCACUAUUAAACAAUGAUAGUGCUUAUAAAUUUAAACCAAAAAGAUAGUUAAAUAAAAACCAACUAAUUAAAAUAAUGGAUUCAUAAAUAUUUCUUUUGUUUUGGAUGAAGUAAUUGUAUUUCAUAACAUAUGGAAACUAUUGA